AUGGCACCGACGGUUCACCUCGUGCGCCACGCCGAGGGCUACCACAACCUCUGCAAGGAAAACCAACAGCUUCGGGAUCCCGACCUGACACCUCUGGGCGAGCAGCAAUGCGACGACCUGCGUACUGUGUUUCCCUUUCACGACAAGGUCACCCACCUUACGGCCUCGCCCAUCCGCCGCACCCUGUGGACGUGCUUGCACGCCUUCGAGCCUGCCGUUAGAAAGGGCAUCAAGGUUCUCGCACUGCCCUCCGCACAGGAGGUCUCUGCGCUGCCGUGCGACACAGGCUCCGACCGUGAUAAGCUCAUGGCGGAGUUCGAGCCCCUGGUGGAGCUUGCUCUCUGCGACGACGCCUGGAACGUCAAGACACCCGGCAGCACGUACCACCCGAACCUGGCAAAUCUCGAGGCUCGAGCGAAGAAGACCCGGCGUUGGCUGAGAGAGCUUGCCACUGAGGCCGGCGACGACGGACACCUGGUCCUGGUCACCCACGGCGGUAUCCUCCACUUCAUCACCGAAGUCUUUGAUGCUCCCAAUAAGGGGGAAAACGCUCGUACUGGCUGGGCCAACGCUGAGUACCGGUCUUACCACUUCGUCGACGAGAGCAAGCAGGACACCAACGCGACCAUGAAGGAAACGGAGGAGAGUCAGCGCCGCCGGCACGCCAUUCCCAUGACCGAGACCGUGAAGAUGGAGGUGAAGACUGCUUGGGUGGCUUCGCUUAAGAUGAUGCUCCAAAAAGAGGCCGAUGAAGCUGCACACGCUGCUGCAGCUGCUGCUCAGAACGCUGCGCCGCAAAACGGAGCGAAGAGGGUGGAUGGUUCCUGA